AUGCGAUAUAUUCAAGUGUGUCAGGCACUGUAUGAUUAUGAGGCUCGGACAGAAGACGAACUCAGUAUAAAGCAAGACGAUAUUCUGUAUGUGAUUGAGAAAGAAGACGAUGACUGGUGGAAAACUGAAUUAAAGCAAAACACCGGGGAAGAACAAGGACCGAUUGGUCUAGUGCCUGCUACUUAUCUUGAAGAAGUACAACCUAUUGGAAGAGUGCGUGCAGAAUAUGACUAUGUAGCUCAGCAAGAAGAGGAAUUGUCGUUUGAAGAAGGUGAUGAGAUGGUGUUAUUAGAAAAAGACGACCCAGAUUGGUUUCUUGUCAAGUCAAGCAAAGGUGACAUUGGUCUGGCACCUAGUAACUAUGUUAUCAGCCUUGACGACCAUCAACCUGAGCAACUUGACGAACCCCCAGUCACAACACCUGUUCCUGCUCCUCCUGCUCCUCCUGCUCCUUCAGUAACAGCACCUGUUCCUCCUCCUCCAGUACAACCUAUCUUGUCUCAACCUACUGGCUCCACAACGCGAGAAAUAAUUGCCGAUGAAGCACAAUCUUGGAAUGUGCAGGAAUAUGAUCCAGCCAAAAAGAAGAAGAAGAAAGGAAAGGGCAGCUUGUUUAUUGGCAAUGGCAUGAUUUGUUAUGGCAGUGAGACAGAUAAAGCAUCUCCUGUUCAACAGUAUCCUAUUUUAGAUGUCACCAAGUAUCUUUAUGAUGGCAAGAAUUUGCAUAUUGAAAUAGAAGGUACUAAACAAGCUGUAUUGGAUCUUCAAGCUUCUUCUAAAUCAGAAGCAAAAGCGAUUCUUGUUAAAAUUGCUGAUUCUAUAAGAGCUGCUCAAGCAUCCAAUACACAUUUAAACCAACAACAACAACAACAACAACAACAACAAAUGGCUUCUCCUGCAGCAGCCAUUACACCCCAUAUUGAACAACAACAGCAACCAGAGGAAGAAGUAGAGGAAGAGGAAGAGGAAUCAAACUGUAUUCCAAAAUGGGGUAUUUCCCUUUAUUCUUUCCAAGCAGAAGGUGGCGAUGAAUUGUCUGUUGAAGAGAAUGAGCAAUUGUAUGUCCUGGAUUACGAAAGAACAGAUGGUUGGUGGCGUGUUCAAAAAGUAGAGGGUGAAAUUGGCUUAGUACCUUCCUCUUAUAUUCAAUUUGACGAUGAAGAAAAUGAUGAGCACACUACUGCUGCUGCUGCUGCUGCUGCUAUUGCACCUUCCAUUCCCCGUGUUGAAGAUAAAGAAGAAAUCAGAAGAAGACGAGAAGAAGAAGAACGAGCUUUAUAUCAACAACGUCUUGCGGAAGAAGAAGAACGAGAACGUAUUCGACGUCAUGAACAAGAAGAAAAUGAACGUAAAAGACGCCGCCAAGAAGAAGAAGAAGAAGAAAAAAGACGUAAAGAAGAAGAAAGACGUCGUGAAGAGGAAGAAAGACGUCGUGAAGAAGAAGAAAAGCGUCGACAGGCUCAAGAAGCAGCGAAACGUGCUGAACUGGCUCGUCAAAAACAACUGGAAGAAGACUAUAAACGUAAAGAAGCUGAACGUAAAGCGACUCUUGCUCGAUCUGCUUCUAAAUCCAACCGUCAUCAAGACUUGCCUAAGCCUGACCCAACCAAGAUCAGAACAUGGACAGACCGUAGUGGUUCGUUUAAAGUAGAAGCUCAAUUCAUUGACUAUCAUAAUGGAAAACUACGUCUUCAUAAACUGAAUGGUGUCAAGAUUGAUGUGCCUGUUGAAAAGAUGUGUGCCGAUGAUAUUCGUUGGGUUGAAGAGCAUACGAGACAACCCAAGCCAGCUUCUCCUGAACCUACACCUGCCAUGCCUCCUCGUCCUCCUCAAGAGAAGAAAUUCAACGAUAGAUGGGACUGGUUUGAUUGGUUUAUGCUUGUUGGUAUUCCUAUGCAAGCAUCACUUCAAUACGCUUCUGCCUUUAAAGUUGAAAAACUAGAUGACAGUGACAUUCAGAACUUGACACAUAAGCAGAUGAAGACAUUAGGUCUUAAAGAAGAACAUGUACAACGCAUUCAACGGUACAUUGAAACAGGCAAGCCUGAAGCAUCUGAACAAGAGCUAGAUGAACAAAAGACAAGAGAGCUUCAGAUUGCUAAAGAUGAAGAGUAUGCUAGAAAACUUCAAAGCGAAAUAGAGGCGAGAGAAAAGCCAACACGAUCUGCUUCUGUCUCUAGACCUAAACCCAGUGUAUCUGCACCUAAAGAUGUUCACCCUGAUCUGUUAGACUUUAUUGGUGGUCAAUUAAACAGUUCUGAUGGUAAAGGAAAAGAACCCGAAAAACCUGCAGGAGAUUUGAUGGGCUUCAAUGAUGAUGCCUGGGCUCCUCGUAAAGAUUCUAGUUCUUUUGUUGCCUUAACUCCUGCCAAGACACCAGCAGCUGUUCCUCCUCCUCCUCCUCCACCACCAACUCAACCACCUCAACCCACUGGACCUACACCUGAAGAAAUCCAAGCUGCUGAAGCUGAACGCAAGCGUAGAGAAGAAGAAGAGCAGAUCCAUAAGAUCCAAUUAAUGGCUUUACAGAAACAAGCCAAAGAACAACAGAAACAAUUAGAAGAGCUACAAAAGCUGACGCAGCAACAGUUAGAACUUCAAAAGCAAUUAGCCAUGCAGACAGGCACUCAACAACAACAACAGCAACAGCAACAACAAAUGUUACAGUUACAAGCUCAACAACAGCAAUUGCAACAGCAAUUAGCCCAACAGCCACCUCAAUUGCAGCCCUCAUUUGCUGCUCAACCUACUGGAUUCAAUGCUCAACCUACUGGAUUCAAUGCUCAACCUACUGGAUUCAAUGCUCAACCUACUGGAUUCAAUGCUCAGCCUACUGGAUUCAAUGUUCAACCCACUGGAUUCAAUGCUCAACCCACUGGAUUCAGUGCCCAGUCGAAUCAGCCUGUGGGUAGUGCUGGUCGUCCAAGACCCACACCCAGCAAUAGACUUUCUUCUGAUCCUACACUUGGUCAAUGGCAGCCAUCUGUACCCCAACAGCCUCCAUCCUCUUCUUCUUCUUCGCCAUGGCAAGGACUCCAACCUCAAAUGACAGGUUUCCCUGCUUCCAAUCAACCCGUAGGCGGAUAUCAACAGCAAACAGCGCCUCUUUCUUCUGUUCUGCCUCCACCUUUGGUACCUCACUCUUCUCCUGGUCCCGCUGCUGGACAGCAAGGCGAAUUUAACAAUCCAAUUCAAAGAACACAAACCAUGAGUGCUCAACCUACAGGUAGACAUUGGGGCACUGCUACUCCUGCGAAUCCAUUUGGCUCGCCCACACUCUCUCCUUUACAAGCUCAAAUGACAGGUGUUCAAUUCUCUACUCCUAGUCCUCAAGCAUUCCAUCAAAGUCCUUUACAGUCUCAUCAACCGACUGGUUUUAUGCAACCUCAAAUGACAGGAUUCCAACCACCGCAACAAGCUGGAAAUAAUAUCUUUACUCCUCAAGGAUCCAUGCAAUACGGACAAUCUGCUUUCCCUGCUCAACGUCCUUGGUAA